GACUAAAAGGUUUGUGACUCUUUCUUCUAUUUAUUUAGUUAUUAAAAUGUUUAUAUAGUAGCCAAGUUAUGCUUGAGAUCAAUACAAAAACAUUCAAAUUAUUGAGCCUGUUCCAUAUCUCUAAACUUCAACAGUUUAAUCAAUACAUUGUAAAGCUAAGGAAGGUUAACUAGAACACAAAAAGGAUCCCAAUUUAGUCCGCGAAACCACUGUUUGGUAGAAAAAUGGAUUCCUCAAGUUUGCAUGAGGCUCAGCAGAAAGAUGGUAAAGUUUUUCAACCAAAGGAGUACCAGAAAACAAAGGACGAAAUAGUGGAAGCAGAGGAAACAGGGGACGAAACAUUACAGAAAACAGAGACCAUCACCAACAUGGGACAUGAACUGUACUGGGAUGCAGCAAGGGGCGACAUCGAUGCCGUGCUGAAAAGCAAAGACCAUCUUCAAAGCUUACUCACUCCAAAUAAGAACACAAUCCUUCAUAUCUAUAUCACAUCGAGAGCCACUGAAGAUCAAGGUCCAAGUGAGUUUGUUGAAAGAAUACUUGCAACUUGUCCGGCACUGCUGAUGCAGCCCAAUUCCAAAAAUGACACUCCCCUCCACAUAGCAGCAAGGUAUGGACAUGCUUCAAUAGUGGGGACGCUCAUUCAAUAUGCAAAGGAUAACAAUGAGAGAGGUGUAGAAGCAGCCAGGCAGAUGAUGAGGUUGCAAAAUCAAAAUGAAGAUACGGCUAACCAUGAGGCGGUUCGAUUUUACUAUCCAAGCGUGGUGGAGAGAUUGGUGGAAAUCGAAGAGUGCGAUUUCGUUUAUUCGCUAAUAAGGAACACGAGACUCCACUCUACAUGGCAGCUGAGAGAGGAUACAGUGAUAUUGUGUUUGAGAUACUAGACAAGUGCAAAUCACCAGCUACUACUGGUCCUAUUGGCAGAAAUGUUCUGCAUGCUGCAACCAUACUCAAAGAUAAAGAAAUGAUAAAAACAAUCCUAGAUAAAAUGGAGGCACUAAUGUUAGAAGCAGAUGAAAUGGGCUGGACUCCAUUACACCAUGCUGCACAUAUUGGAUAUCGUCCUGCAGUGAAAAUGUUUCUAGAAUUACCAAUUGGUAGAGAAAAAGCAGCCUACAAGAAAAAUAAACAAGGAAACACUGCUUUUCAUCUUGCAGCUGCUUCAACUUCUUUAAACUGUAAAGUGAUAAUAUCAGAAUUUAUAAAAUGGUGUCCAGAAUGCUGUGAAUUAGUGAACGAAGAAGGCAGGAAUAUUUUACACUCUGCGGUGGGGAAGAAGGACAUCUAUGAACUGGCAAUGGGUGAUAUACUGGAAAAGAAUGCAUUCAGCGACUUGUUAAAUGAAAAGGAUGCUAAAGGGAACACACCGCUCCAUCACAUUGCCAUUUAACUUAAUAGUGACCGGCUUGCUGAUCUCAUUGAUCUCCCUAGAGUGGAUAAGAUGGCAUUCAACAAACAAAAUCAAAAUGCCCUGGACCUCGCUUCCACUUCUAAAGCUAUUGCACUGAGGAAGAAUUCCUUUGAAAAACGUUUGCAAAACCAUGAUCUGAGGUUGGGCAUUCGAAUAAACACUCGUUCAAACAAUGAAGAGGAAAAUUCUACUUUACAUGAGCCAGACGAGAUGCAGAAUACUAAUUUGAUAGUUGCUGUACUGAUUGCCACGGUAACUUUUACAGCGGGUUUUACUGUACCUGGAGGUUUUUUUAGUGAAAAAGGGCCAUUACAAGGCACUCCAAUACUUGGGAAAAGCCCAGCAUUCAAGACAUUUAUCAUCAUGGAUACCCUAGCCAUGGUCCUCUCCAGUUCUGCUGUCUUUAUCCACAUCUUUAUGAGAUUUACACCUAAAGUGUCAAGGUUAUUUGGGUACUUUUUUACAGCCUUUGUCCUCACUACCUUGGCCAUGGUAGCUAUGGUGGUUGCAUUUGUUACAGGAACAUAUGCAAUGUUAGGCUAUUCCAGGUCACUUUCUAUUGUUACAUGUGUCAUUGGAUUGUCUUUCUUCAUUUUUUUUUACAAAGUAUUCAAGAAGAGUUUUGAAUGCUAAAUCAGUUAUGUGGUUGCACCGGGCAGUACCACUUCACCGCCUCAUGUGGGACUUGGUUUGUGAGGCGGUGGAGUUAUACUCCCGGAAGUAGGUGAAAAUUGCUCCGUGUAAGGGUCAAGCUGUUGCAUUAAUGUUUGUACUACCUCCCGGGACAAAAUUUUACUUGUUACAGCCUUUUCUAAUUUGUUCGCCAUCUCUUUAAAUUUUAAUGUUAGUAUUAUAUGUUCUUUUGUCUCU